UCCAUGGAGCGUUCACAUUAUCCGUCGGAGAUGGAACAAACCCACAGCAACCAAGCAGCGAGACACGCUGAGGAAUGAUGCCACUCUCUUUUUUUGUGUUCCCGUGAGACUAAUUGUUGCUUUUGAGACGAAUUUUAACCUCCUUCCCCACCCUCCUGCAGGCUUCUAUCACAUCUCUGCAACCGAUUCCCCCCUCUUUUUUUCCCCACCCUCACUCCCCUAGUGCAUUGAGAGGUGCCAUCGUCGGAACCUGAGUGUGUGGUGUGCUUGCGGGGGCUCAUCACAGCUCCUUGCACUGCGCCGCGCAGAGCCACUGCAUCUUCAAUUCAUGUGUGUGGAUUAGAUACCGAAAGGGACAUUUAUUAUUUUUUUUGGGGAGCCGCUUCAUAAAAAGAAGCUCUGAAGGAAAGACUCGGUGUGCGGCGCAACGAUUCAAAACCGUGCUCGUCAGACGUGGUAGUCCUCAACUGGAAUACCAGAAGCCCCCCAAAGACAACUUAUCAACACUGUUGCAUGUGUGCACUGUCCAGUGUGCAGAUUGAUAGCAAGUCCCCACGGCUCAAAAGUUUUUAUAUACUGCACGAGGAUGCAACUUGAAUCUCAAUGAUGCUCGGGACUGAGAGUUCCUCAUCAGCAUGACAUUUGGUUGAAGUGUCUGUCGGACACUCAGAAUCUCCAGUCUCCUUUUUUUCUUUGCAUUUUAAUUCUGCACCACCUGCCAGCCAAACAAGACUCUUGGGUGUUUUUUGACUCCGUUCGGGGAGAUGGCUGCGAUUGCCAGCUCUCUGAUCCGCCAGAAGCGCCAGGCGAGGGAGUCAAACAGCGACCGGGUGUCCACGUCCAAGCGUCGACCCAGUCCCAGCAAGGACCCUCGCUCUCUGUGCGAACGGCAUUUUUUGGGGGUCUUCAGCAAAGUGCGCUUCUGCAGCGGCAAGAAAAGACCUGUGCGCCGGAGACCAGAUGCACCCUCGAAACCUCCACAGGUGUCCCAUAAGGGCUGCAGGCUAGAGCCACAGCUGAAAGGCAUCGUGACACGAUUGUUCAGCCAGCAGGGCUUCUACCUGCAGAUGAAGCCGGACGGAACCAUUGAUGGCAGCAAGGACGAAAACAGCGACAAUACUCUGUUUAAUCUUAUUCCCGUGGGUCUGAGAGUCGUGGCCAUCCAGGGAGUGAAGAGUGGCUUCUACAUCGGCAUGAACGGCGAGGGCAUGCUCUACAGCUCUGAAAUGUUCACGCCGGAGUGCAAAUUCAAAGAGUCGGUUUUUGAGAACUACUACGUCAUCUACUCGUCCACCAUGUACCGACAGCAGGAGUCGGGCCGGGCCUGGUUUCUCGGUCUCACUAAGGAGGGACAAGUCAUGAAAGGCAACCGGGUUAAGAAGACCAAACCUUCGUCUCACUUUGUACCAAGGCCCAUUGAAGUCUGUAUGUACCGUGAGCCAUCGCUGCACGAGAUCGAGGAAAAGCACCGCUCCCGGAAGAGCUCAGGGACCCCCACCAUGAACGGAGGCAAAGCAGUUAACCAGGACUCCUCAUAGCAAAGGGAGGGGCUUCUACUGAGAGGCGUAGUGCGAACACCCUCCGACCCCACCUGAAAAGGAAGGGGACUUAGGAACACCCCAGCCCCCAUACACAAAUGUAUGCACCAUCACUUCCUCGCUGAAAUAGCGUCGUCGUCAUGGCGACCGAGGACCCGACGACUGUACUCUCAUGACAAGACGGAACAAACACUGAACUGUUGCCUGUGAAAACUUUUAAAAUAAUUAAUAUGAAACAGAGGAAAACUAUAUAUAUAUAUCUAUAUCUGUAUAAACAUUUUCAAUCAGGACUCGAUUGAUAUUUUAUGCAAAAAAGAGAAAAAGCUGUGACACCACGGAUCGGCAGCCCCUCCUCUCGCAAAUAUCUCUCAUUUUCAUUUUAUGCUGUGAAAAAAAAGCUUUAAUACAUGUUUAUUUUCAUAUGCAUUCUUUUCUAACCUUUCUGUUAGGUUUGCCAAAAGUAACUAGUCCGUCAACUCAGCAAUGUAUAACUUUUUUAAUUAUUUUUUUUCUGAGGAGGGUCAUGGACAUUUUUUUUCAGUUUUUCUCAUGGAUUAAUCUUGAAUCACACUAGCUGCUCUGGCUGAAUGUAUUCACUGAUCUAGUCACAAGAGUGUUUAGGAUGGUAACUCAGGUGUGGACUGUAAUUGUGACAACAACAUUCUGUCUGGCAUCGGAAGCAACUGAACAGAAUGCAACCAAGGAUGUCUUUAGGUUACAGUAUAUUACUAGCAAAUGUCACUCUGUCUGUUGAGAAGACUGAACUAUUUGAUAAUUCUGUAUGUUUGAAAUUAGACUGUUUUCUUACGAAAAGUCAAUGACCAGCAUCAGUGACACUCUAAGCCCAAAACACAUUUGCACUUCAUAGAAUUUAACUGGCUAAUUAUCGGGUCAAAUUCCUGAAAUGGACCGGGAUGUGAUAAGAGAAAGGACAGGUGACAUUUUAUUGUGAAAGCAUCAAUGGUGGACAGGGUCCGUGUCCAACAGAGGUGCAUUCAAGCUCGCCUGGCUUGGCGACCAAUGAACUGCGGAGGUCUUUGAAAAGGGCCAACUGGCUGCUCGGCGGUCGAAAUGUUGUGUACGCUACAUUGCCCUAGUCUCCAUCCUCCAAUCAGCGUGUCUAAUGUUUUGUCUCAAAAAGUAUUAGUCGACCCACUGAAGCGGUGUUUCCCAACCUUUAUUGAGCCACGACACUUUUUUUUUUUUUACAGUGUAAAAAUCUCAUGGGACACCACCAAACAAAAUAUAUAUGCAGUUAUUUCCCAUUCAUCACCACAGACAUGUUCUAGACCCACCUGCAAUAUGGUGAAAAGGUGUGACAUUGAAAAACAUUAAUGUUUUCAAAGUGGAUACACAUGUAAUUUAUACCAUUUUGCGAAAAGCACUGAAUUGUUCAACCGGUUAUCACAGGCUACUCUCAUGGAUACAGUAGAUGAAUAAAAAUACGUUAUUUGGACUAAAUAAUUUAUCAUUUUGGAUCAAAGCUAGGGCUGUCAAAUGAUUAAAAUUUUUAAUCGAGUUAAUUACAGCUUAAAAAUUAAUUAACUGUAAUUAAUCGCAAUUCAAGCCAUCUAUAAAAUAUGCCAUAUUUUUCUGUAAGUUAUUGUUGGAAUGGAAAGAUAAGACACAAGAUGGAUAUAUACAUUCAAAAUACGGUACAUAAGUACUGUAUUUGUUUAUUAUAACAAUAAAUCAACAAGAUGGGAUUAACAUUAUUCACAUUCUGUUAAAGCGAUCCAUGGAUAGAAAGACUUGUAGUUCUUAAAAGAUAAAUGUCAGUACAAGUUAUAGACAUUUUAUAUUAAAACCCCUCUUAAUGUUUUCGUUUUAAUAACAUUUGUAAAAUUUUCAAUCAAAAAUUAAACUAGAAGCCCGGUAUUCUUGAUGUCAAUAAUUACACAAUGCUCAUGGGUGCUGAAGCCCAUAAAAUCAGUCGCACCCAAGUGCCAGCAGAGGGUGACAAAACUCCAACAAACACAAGUAACAAGUGGACAUUGCACUGUGCUGUCAUUUUAAUCUGUUUGAGCGGGGCAUGUGCGUCAAAUAUUUUAACGUGAUUUAUUUAAAAAAAUAAUUACCGCCCGUUAACGCGAUAAUUUUGACAGCCCUAAUCAAAACCGUGACAACUGAUCAUUCCACACUGAGAAUCACUGUUUUAAAAUUGCACGCAUUUAGCAACUACGCAAAAAUAUCCACUACAAAAUAAUGACUGGUAGCGAGACUAAGCAUUGGCACUGCUUAAUUGAUAAGGUGGGAGAGUUAUAACUUUAUUGUAUGAAAUGUGAAAAUUGAUAUGAUGCAACCGUACAAUUCUGUAUGGUAAGGGACAGCCUGUUCUCACAUGAAUUAAGUAGAAAAAUAAGUACUAAAGAGAAAUAUUAGGUCUACACUAAAAAGUUAUAAGAAAUAAGUUAUAUUAUUAAUUUAAAAAAAGGGCACAGUGUAAAAAUUGUGAUGCUGUACCUGCACCUAAGGUCAUGCCAAUUCAUACUUCUUCAUUGAUGUCCACAUUUUGAUAUACAGUGCCUUGCAAAAGUAUUCGGCCCCCUUGAACCUUGCAACC